AUGAACUGUAGUGUCUUACACCACUGUGCCUUGUACAUCCUGAGUCUUGCGGUGCUUGUUGCUGGGAAUGUUCACCCAGAAUGUGAUUUUAUAACUGAGCUGAAGAAAAAGGAGGUUGAAUGUCUGAAGGACUCAGAAGAGCGUGGAAAUGCAACGCCAGGUUGCAAGAGAAGCUGGGACAAGCUACUGUGCUGGCCAGAAGCAGAUGCUGGAGAGACACUUGCCUUACCCUGCCCAAACAUCCUCUUUCACUUCAUGAAGGAGCCAGCUGGGCUGGUGAGAAGGAACUGCACAAAGAAAGGGUGGUCUGACCCAUUCCCUUCCUACCAUAUUGCUUGUCCAGUUGAAGAUGAGAUUCCACUUGAAGAACAAUCCUACUUUUCUACUAUAAAGAUUAUCUAUACUGUAGGAUACAGUAUAUCUAUCACCUCACUUAUUAUUGCUGUGACAGUUCUUAUUGCAUUCAGGAGGCUUCACUGUCCCAGAAAUUACAUCCACAUACAUCUCUUUUUUACUUUUAUCUUAAAAGCUAUUGCCAUUUUCAUUAAGGAUGCUGUACUUUUCCAAGAGGAAGAUAUUGACCAUUGCAGCCUCUCUACAACCAAAUGCAAGAUCUCAGUUGUUUUCUGUCACUACUUUAUGAUGACCAAUUUCAUGUGGUUGCUGGUAGAAGCUCUUUACCUAAACUGUCUACUACUAUCAUCCCUUUCUCACGGAAGAAGAUAUUUUUGGUGGCUUGUUCUGUUUGGCUGGGGUUUCCCAACGCUUUUCACUCUUAUAUGGAUAUUAGCAAAAUUCUACUUUGAAGACACAGCAUGCUGGGAUAUUAACCAAGGUUCUCCUUACUGGUGGCUAAUCAAAGGGCCUAUUAUAAUUUCUGUUGGGGUCAGUUUCAUCUUAUUUAUCAACAUUAUCAGAAUUCUACUGAAAAAGCUAGACCCCAGACAAAUCAACUUCAACAACUCUUCUCAGUACAGACGUCUCUCAAGGUCAACUCUGCUUUUAAUUCCGUUAUUUGGAACCCAUUAUAUUGUCUUCAACUUUCUUCCAGAAUAUGCCAGCCUGGGAGUCCGGCUUUAUUUAGAGCUCUGUAUUGGAUCUUUUCAGGGGUUUAUUGUAGCAGUUCUCUACUGUUUCCUGAACCAAGAGGUGCAAACGGAAAUUGGCCGGAGAUGGCACGGUAAGAUGUACGGACUUAUGCCUGUGUGGAGGAGGACAAGAUGGACUACACCAUCUAGUUCUGGAAUGAAAAUGAGUACAUCUGUAUGCUAA